GCGGCGCCAGUGUCCGUCGUGCCGCCGUCCGGUCGGCCGCCGCCGCGCCGAGCCACAGUGACCAGCUGUGCACAGAGCUGAGCGAGGAACGCAGAGGGCCGCAGAGCCGACAGGGAGGUAGGCGUGCAGAUACGGUGACGAGUGUGCAGAGCGGAUCGCGAGAGGCUGCGGUGGGCUGAGGUGGCUGUGCGAACCUGGGAGACUGCUGGAGAGUUGUGGGUGAGCGGUUGAAUCCGGAGUGAGUACGAACUGCGUCUCGGAGACACGACUGACCUAGGAUCGACGAUUGCAGCAGCGGAGGAUCCCAGCGAGUCGGAGAACUGCCCGUGCUGUGCCUUUUAUUCCCGAACGACCCACCCGAACAACGAACUGCAUCUGAGCUCCACAACAAAGAUCAGAGAUGGCGCUGACGCUGCGGGUCCGCAUAGAGGACCGGAAUGUGGUGAAGGCGAUGAAGUUCGAGCCGAACACGGCCGUGCUGGACGCCUGCCGCAUGAUCCGGGAGCGUCUGGCCGACACCACGGAUAUCUCCAACCAUAAGGACUUUGGGCUGUUCUUCUGGGACGAGGAGACCAAGAAGGGCUUUUGGCUGGAGCCCGGCCGCACACUCGAGUACUACCUGCUCAAAAGCGAGGAUGUCAUCGAGUACAGGAAGAAGCUGCGGCCGCUGCGGGUGCGUAUGCUGGACGGCACUGUCAAGACGAUGCUGGUCGACGACUCCCAGAUCGUCAGCAACCUCAUGGUCACCAUCUGCACAAAGAUCGGCAUCAUCAACCACGAGGAGUACUCCUUGAUCCGGGAGAAGGAGGAGGAGGAGCAGGAGAACGUCAAGCCCAACUUCGGCACGCUCACGCUGCGCCGCAAGAAGGCCUCCGACGACCGCACUGUCGACGCCAAGAUGGAGUCCCUCAAGAAGAAGCUCAAGACCGACGACGAACUGGGGUGGGUGGACCACAGCAAAACCCUCCGUGAACAGGGGGUGGACGAAAACGAAACGCUGCUGCUGCGACGCAAGUUCUUCUUCUCUGACCAGAAUAUCGACGGCCGCGACCCGGUCCAGCUCAACCUGCUCUACGUUCAGGCCCGUGACGCCAUUCUGAACGGCACCCACCCGGUCACCGAGGAGAAGGCGUGCCAGUUCGCCGGCAUUCAGUGCCAGAUCCAGUUCGGCGACUUUCAGCAGGAGAAGCACAAGAGCGGCUUCCUAGAUCUUCGUGAGUUUGUGCCGCACUACUAUGUCAAAACGAAAGGAAUUGAGAAGAAGAUCUACAGCGAGCACAAAAAGUACGAGGGCAAGAACGAGCUCGACGCCAAGGUCGAGUACGUGAAGGAGGCUCGCGCGCUGCCCACCUAUGGCGUCAGCUUCUUCCUUGUCAAAGAGAAGCUGAAGGGCCGCAACAAGCUGGUGCCGCGCUUGCUAGGCGUCACCAAGGAGGCCGUGCUGCGACUGGAUGAAAAGACCAAGGAGAUUCUCAAGGAGUGGCCGCUGACCACUGUCCGCCGGUGGGCGGCCAGUCCCAACACAUUCACACUCGAUUUCGGCGACUACGCCGACCAGUACUACUCGGUUCAGACCACGGAGGGAGAGCAGAUCUCACAGCUGAUCGCCGGCUACAUCGACAUCAUCCUCAAGAAGCAAAAGUCCAAGGACUGGCUGGGCGUCGAGAAGGAUGACGAUGCCAUCAUGCUGGAAGAGUCCGUGUCGCCCAACAAGGCCACCAUCAUUCAGCAGGGCAUGACCAAGAUCACCAAGGUGGAGGAGGACUCCAUCUCCAAGCCAGGCAUCCUCCGGACGGGUGACACUGGACCGAACGUGAUGGGCACAGGCCACAUGGGUGGAGCACAGCACGGUACCAUGAGAGGCCAGGUGAACCUGGCACACGCGCCGCCCAUGGCGCAGCAGCCCCAGAUCACGUCCGUGGGCUCUGAGCCGCAGCGCGCGCUGGUCAACACCAUUGUGGUGGGACACGAGGCCAUCGACUCGGCACGCCGCCAGCUCGACACCAGGAUGCAAUUCCCCGAGCUGGGAACCGACCCGGCAUCGCUCAAGUGGAAGGAGACCACCAUGGACACCAACAAGCAGAGCGUGUCGUCGCAGCUGGCGGCCAUGAACGCGGCCACGGCCCAGGUGGUGACCCUCACCUCCGGGCCACAGGAGGACGUCGAUCACACGGCCGUCGGCGCGGCCAUCUCGACCAUCACCACCAACCUGCCGUCGAUGACCCGUGGCGUACAGACAAUCGCCGCGCUCAUGGACGACUCCAUGUCGGGCGAUCGGCUGAUCGGCGCCACGCGGCAGCUGUGUGACGCCUUCAGCGACCUGCUGCAGGCCGCAGAGCCCGAGAAACAGGAGCCGCGCCAGAACCUGCUGAACGCCGCCUCUCGGGUGGGCGAGGCCUCUGGCGGCGUGCUCACCAACAUCGCUGAGGAGACCGAGAUCAACACGGAGGUGCAGGAUGUGCUGCUCGGCCUGGCCAAGGCCGUCGCCAACUCCACCGCCGCGCUGGUACUCAAGGCCAAAAACGUGGCGUCAACAUGUGAGACGGAGGAUCAGCAGAACCGCGUGAUCGGCGCCGCCACCCAGUGCGCGCUCACCACCUCGCAGCUGGUGGCCAUCGCUAAGGUGGUGGCCCCGACGAUCCAGAACCCGAGCUGCCAGGACCAGCUGAUCGAGGCGGCCAAGGAGGUGGCGCGCGCUGUCGAGGCCGUCGUCCAGGAGUGCCAGCUCGGCUGUCAGGAUGAGGCCCUGAGCCGCGAACUGGGCACCGCGGCCACCGACGUCACGCGCGCCCUCAACGACCUGCUGAACCAUAUCAAACAUGGCACCAAGCAGCGUGUCAAGGAGACCACGGACGAGACCUGUGUGGAGACCAUCAUCACCGUCACGGACAAAAUGUUCGCGCAGCCGUCCGAUACAAAGGAGAUGGUGAACCAGGCGCGCAUCCUGGCGCAGGCUACCGCCCAGCUCAUCCAGAGCAUCAAGGAGGAGGCGUAUGCGACGCAGCAGGCCGCCGGCCUCUCCCCGGGGCAGGCGGAGACGACGCCCAACUCUGACCUCCAGACGCGCCUGCUGAGCGCCGCCAAACAGCUGGCCGACGCCACCGCGCGCAUGGUGGCGGCGGCCAAGCAGUGCGCGUCCGACCCCCGUAACGCCGAUCAGCAGCAGCGACUGAGGGAGGCGGCCGAGGACCUGCGAACGGCCACCAGCCUGGCUGCGUCUGACGUGCUCCGGAAGAAACUCAUCAAACGACUCGAGGACACGGCCAAGCACGCGGCCAGCUCUGCCACGCAGUGUAUCGCUGCCGGCCAGGGCGCCGGGCCGUACAACUCGAACCACGCCGUGCAGGACGAGCUGAUCUCCGACUGCAGGCAGGUGGCCAACCACAUCCCAAACCUGGUGCGCUCCAUCCGCGGCACGCUCUCCGAGCCGGACUCGUCCCGCGCGCAGCUCGACCUUCUGCAGGCGUGCCAGUCGUUUGUACAGCCGAGUACCAAGAUGGUGGACAGCGUGCGUCGCGCGCUGCCCACGGUGCAGGACGAGUCGUCGGCGCUGCAGCUCAACAACACCAGCAAACAGUUCAGCGCCGCGCUGGCCGACCUGCAGGCGUCGAUGGCUCGCGCCCAGGAGGCCUGCGGCUCGCUGGAGGUGGAUGCCGCGCUGGACAUGAUCCGCGGCCUGGAUGACGAGCUGGAGCAGUUCCGGCAGGCGGCCGACGAGCUGCAGCUGCGCCCACUGCCCGGAGACACGCCGGAGCUGGCCGCACACAACCUCAGCGCCUGCAAGAAGACGGUGGGCUCGACGAUGACCCAGCUGCUGACGGCUGCCAGCGAGGGUAACGAGGACUACACGGGCCGCGCGGCGCGCGAGACGGCCAACGCCCUGCGCGACUUCACCGGUGCCGUGCGCAGUGUGGCGGCCACCACCGACGACCGCGCCGCACAGCACUCUGUGAUUGACGCCGGUCACGACGUGAUGGGCUCGUCCAUUAUGUUGAUUGAGGAGGUGAAGAUCAUUGUCACCAACCCGCGCUCGGCAGACAGCCAGCGCAAACUCCAGAACGUCGCCAAGGGUGUGAGCCAGGCACUCAACAACACGGUGAACUGUCUGCCUGGCCAGCGGGACGUGGACAUUGUGCUCCAGGAGAUCACCGAGACCACCACCCGGCUGGAGAGACACCAGUUCCCGCCCGCCAGCAAACCCUACGGUGAGCUGCAGGCCGACCUGAGCCGCGCCGCCUCCCAGCUCAACGACGUCACCUCUGACGUGGUGCACGGCGCCAAGACGUCUCCGGCACAGCUGGCCGACAGCACCAAACGCUUCGGCGGGGCGUACGGCGACGUGCUCGACGCCGGCAUGGGCAUGGCCGGCCAGGCCCAGGAUGAGCACAACCGUCAGGAGAUCGUCGAGUCGCUCAAGUCGGUCUCGGCCGUCUCCUCCCGACUGCUGAACGCCGCCAAAACUGUCUCGGCCGACCCGAGCGCGCCCAACGCCAAAAACAACCUGACCGCGGCCGCCAGACAGGUGACGGACUCCAUCAACAGUCUGGUGAACGUGUGCACGUCGGCGGCGCCUGGCCAGCGCGAGUGUGACAACGCUAUCCGCCAGAUCCAGAGCCUGCAGCCGCUGCUGGCCAAUCCGACCGAGCCCAUCAGCGAUUGCUCCUACUUUGAGUGCCUCGAGACCGUCAUGGACAAGUCCCGCAGUCUGGGUGACGGUAUGACGGGUAUCGCCAACCACACGCGUCAGCCGGACCCGGAGCGGUUCGGCCAGUCGGUCGGCUCUGUGUCCGAGUCCAUCUGCGGCCUGAUUGAGUCGGCCGCCCAGGCCAGCUACCUGAUCGGCGUCUCCGAUCCGACCUCGGUGGCCGGCCGGCCCGGCCUGGUCGACCAGAGCCAGUUCGGCCGCGCCCGAGAGGCCAUCCAGCAGGCGUGCGUGGCGCUGACAGACCGCGCCAGCUCUCAGCAGCAGGUGCUCUCGGCGGCCACCCAGAUCGCCAAGCACACGUCUGCGCUGUGCACCAGCUGCCGCGUGGCCAGCGGCAAGUCCACCAACCCGGUGGCCAAGCGGCACUUUGUGCAGGCGGCCAAGGACGUGGCCAACGCCACGGCUGCGCUCGUCAAGGAGAUCAAGGAGCUCGAUAAGGACUACAGCGACGCCAACCGUGCGCGCUGCGCCCAGGCCACCCGGCCGCUGAUCGAGGCAGUGGACAACCUCUGCAGCUUCGCCAACUCGCCAGAGUUUGCGUCCGUGCCGGCCAAAAUCUCUGCCAAGGCGCAGCAGGCGCAACAACCGAUCGGCGACUCGGGCCGGCGCAUUAUCGACGGCUCGUGCGCUCUCAUCACGGCCGCCAAGUCGCUGGCGGUCAACAGCCGCGACCCGGGACGCUGGCAGGCGCUGGCCUCGCACAGCAAGGACGUCUCAGACUCGAUCAAGGCACUGGUGUCGUCGAUCCGUGAUAAGGCGCCAGGACAGAAGGAGUGCGAGGAUAGCAUCGAGAAGCUGUCGGCAUCUAUCCGCGAGCUGGACCAGGCCAGCAUGGCGGUGGCCAGUCAGAGCCUGGCACCCCGGCGCGACAACACCCUGCAGGGCUUCAGCGACCGCGCCGAGAACGCCACCAGUCAGAUUCUGCAGACGGUGGACAAAGUGCGUGCCGCUGCCCGCGGCGAGGCUGAGCGGCUGGGACACGGCGUCACCGCGCUCAGCUCGUUCUUCGAGCCGCUGUGCGCCUCCGUGGUGGGCACCUGCUCGCACAUGAUCAACACCAAGCAGCAGAUGAUGCUGAUCGAGCAGAGCAAGACGCUGACUGAGUCGGCGCUGCAGCUGCUCUACGCCGCCAAGGAGGGUGGCGGCAACCCCAAGGCGUCGCACAUCCACUCGGAUAUCGACGAGUCGGCGGACACGAUGAAGGAGGCGGCCCAGGAGCUGCUGGCCAGUCUCGAGCACCAGGCGGCCAACGCCGGCUUUGUCGACGGCGUGAUCGACACCAUCAACAAGUCGAUGGUGCAGCAGGACUUCACAGACAGCAGGGCGUACGGCGACCUGAGUUUCGUCGACUACCAGACGCGUAUGGUGCAGAGUGUGAAGGAGAUCAGCCGCACAUCUCAGGAGAUGUCUCAGAAGUCGGCGGCCGACCCGGCGCAGCUGGGACAGCUGGCGGCUAACCUGAGCCACGGCUACAGCCAGCUGGCCUCCGACAGCCGCGGCGCCGUCAUGGUGGCCAACAACACCGAAAUCAGCAACCGCCUGCACUCGUCAGUCCAGGACCUGGGCCAGUCGUGUGUGGGCCUGGUGAAGGCCGGAGGCAGCUGCCAGGCGGCGCCGGCCGACCCGACCGCUCAGAGGGAGGUGCUGGAGGCCAACAAAGUCGUCCAGGAUAAGGUGGCCCAGGUGCUGUCAGCUCUCCAGGCGGGCUCGCGCGGAACACAGGCGUGCAUUAACGCCGCCUCCACCGUGUCGGGUAUCAUCGGCGACCUGGACACUACCAUCAUGUUCGCCACUGCCGGCACCCUACCUGCCGAGAACGAGGAGGACACCUUCUCCGACCACCGCGAGACCAUCCUGAAGACGGCCAAGGCGCUGGUCGAGGACACCAAGACGCUGGUGGCCGGCGCGGCCAGCACCCAGGAGCAGCUGGCCUCGGCCGCGCAGAACGCGGUGGCCACAAUCCUGCAGCUGGCGGACGUCGUUAAACUGGGCGCCGCCAGCCUGGGCACCGACAACACAGACGCGCAGGUGAUGCUAAUGAACGCCGUCCGUGACGUGGCCUCGGCCCUCGGCGACCUGAUCCACGCCACAAAGUCGGCCGCCGGCAAACCGUCCACCGACCCGGCCAUGCUCAACCUCAAGGAGUCGGCCAAGGUGAUGGUCACCAACGUCACCUCGCUGCUGAAGACGGUGAAGGUGGUCGAGGACGAGCACAACCGCGGCACGCGCGCCCUCGAGGCCACCGUGGAGGCACUGGCGCAGGAGCUCAAGGCGUUCGACUCGGCCGACCCGCCCAAGGGCAAGGUGACCCCGGAGGAGCUGAUCCGUGCCACCAAGCCGGUGACGCAGGCCACGGCGCGCGCCGUGGCCGCCGGUAACAGCUGCCGCCAGGAUGACGUCAUUGCGGCGGCCAACGCUGGCCGGAAGGCCAUCGCUGACAUGCUGACCGCCUGCAAGGGCGCGGCGUACAGUGCUGAGUCUGCCGAGCUGAAGACGCGUACGCUGGAGGCGGGUCACAGUAUCGCUGCCGAAUACCGCCGUCUGCUACAGUGGGUGCUGACCAUCCUCAACAAGCCGACCGUGGAGUCGAAGCAGCAGCUGCCGGCUGUCAGUCGCCAGAUCGCCCAGUGUGUCACGGAGCUGGUGGCAGCCGCCGAGCAGCUCAAAGCUGAGAGCGGCGGUCACUACGGUCUCCAUGGUAACGGCAGUGACUGGGUAGAUCCGGACGACCCGUGCGCCAUCGCCGAGACAGAGCUGCUCGGCGCCGCCUCCUCCAUCGACGCCGCUGCCAAGAAACUGGCCGCCCUCCGUCCCCGGCGGCAGGUCAAGGAGGCCGACCAGGAUAUGAACUUUGACGAGCUGAUCCUGGAGUCAUGCCAGUCGAUCGCGGCGGCCACCUCUGCGCUGGUGAAGGCGGCCUCCUCCGCACAGCGCGAGCUGGUCGACCGGGGAGUGGUGAGCCAGCGUGCGCACUACUCGAGCGAGGACGGCCAGUGGUCGGAGGGCCUCAUCUCUGCGGCACGCACUGUCGCCGUUGCUACCCACAGUCUGUGCCAGGCGGCUAACUCGCUGGUGCAGGGACACUCCUCCGAGGAGAUGCUCAUCUCCGCCGCCAAACAGGUGGCGGGCUCGACUGCCCAGCUGCUGGUGGCCUGUAAGGUGAAGGCCGACCCCGACUCGGCCGCCACCCGCCGGCUCCAGGAGGCCGGCAACCGCGUCAAAAAGGCCACCGACAACCUGGUGCGCGCCGCACAGCAGGCCAUCGAGCAGGACGAGGAGCGCAGCCUGAUCCUCAACAAACGGCUCGUCGGCGGACUGGCCCAGGAGCUCGACGCUCAGAGCGACGUGCUGCGGAAGGAGCGAGAACUGGAGGACGCCCGGCUGAAACUGGCCGCCCUGCGCCGCGCCAAGUACGGCGAGGGAGGCGACAGCGAGGGCGAGGGAUACCUCAGCGGCUACGACAGCUCCACCAGGUACGAGUCCUCUCGGCUGGAGACCUCGCGUCAGGACGCCAACGGGGCGCGGAACAUCUACUACACGUCGUCAGCCCACUCGACGCCCCAGUCCACCCCGGGCAACACGCUCAAGAAGACCUCGUACAGCGUGACGCGCGAGUUUCCCGUGAACCAGGACCCGGCCUCGGCACUGGCCGGCGGCCUCUCCAAACUGACCAUCGAACGGUCCACCGCCAGCCCGCUGGCGGACCGCGGCGCCGGUUCUGAGGCCGAGAUGGACAGCUCUAUCACAGAAGGACCCAGCUUCUCCGAGUCACUCAAACACUUCAAGAGCUUCGCCGGCGGCCGGUCCGGCAGUCCCGCGAGCAACUUCAACAAGUCGUCGACCAGUCACUACAGUUCGUCGAUGACGCGUACCACGGGCGGCGGCGCCGGCGGCGGCGGCGACCCGCUCACCUCGCUGGCCUCUGCCGAGCGGAUGCUCAGUCAGAGCUCCCAGCGCGUUGAGAAGACGGUGACAAUGACCAACACGAGCCGCUCGUACCGCAGCGGUCAGACCUAGGGGGCGGCGCCGCGCCGCGCCACUGCCCGCCGUACCGCCCCGCCCCCAGGAGGGGGCGGGCCGUCAGGUGCCGCCGCCGAGAGCUUGGGUCGGCUGCGAACGUUCGUGAGCCGCCGCCCGCCGCGCGCGCGUGCGCCUCUGUUGAGAGCUGUGUAUUGAAUGUGCGUGAGUGAUCCUGCGUGCCUAUAUGACCACUAUAACAUGUGUCGCGCCGCGCUGCGCGCCGCCCGCUUGUGUGCGAGUCAGCGUUCAACAUAUCAACUAGCGACGGUCGGAGUGGGCCGCGGAGGGUGCCGGGCCGGCCGGGUCGGUGUGAGGGCCGUGGGCCGUCCGCCGCGCCGCCGGCCCCUCCGCGCGCCGUGUGAAUCACCGACCGACUGACCGACUGACCAGACGCCGACUCCGACUCUGACAUUAGCGUGUAUAUUCGCCUGCCCGCCAGCGCCCCAUGGCGCCGCGCAAUGAUAACGCCUUAUACACACACACGAGAGCGCCCGCGUAGAUUAUGUCUAGUAUUAUAAGCGUUUUAUAACAAUGGUCUAUUUCCGGUUAUUGACGGCGUAAUUUGGUGUUGUACAAAACUAAGAGGAAAUAUACUUUUACCCCA